AUGGAGGAAAUAAACCUAAUGAAGUUGGAAGGAUUCACUCCUACAAUAAAGGUAGAGGAGCUAAUAAUAUCCGACGCUGUGGCUACAGAAGGGAAAAUCCCGUUCAUUAGCAGCAAUCGAUGUUCUGGUGAACCGACUGUAGGGAACGCCCCAAGUAAAUGUUUAACUAAUGUGAAACAAGAACCUGUGACGGACCUCACCGGUGAAGAUGAGACUACAGCAACUUGCGACGAAAUUGCCGCUUCUAGCUCCAGCAACUCGGACAGUUCUGAAAUACGUAAUACCGCUGUUGGAGAUCGUUCGCGAAAAAAGUACGCUUGUGAAUUUUGCAACAAGGAAUAUAGAACGAAAUGCAACUUGAAGGAUCAUACAAGAACUCACACCGAGGAACGACCUUUUGCGUGUGAUAUCUGCAGUGAAACAUUUCGCCAGCUGAAGGUUUGCGGUACCAUAAGAGUGCACAUGCAGGUGGCCGGAAUUUCGAGUGUAACAUAUGCCAGCGACGUUAUUCCCAAAAAUCACAUCUAA